AUCAUGACUUAGCUGACCUGUCAACGCCAUCAUACUUCAUUACUUCACCUAACCACACCACCAACGAAUUUGAGAAAUGGCUGACGAUAAAGAAGUAGAAAAGACGAUCGCUGAAGACUUGGUUGUAACCAAGUACAAGUUAGCUGGACAGAUUGUUAACCGUGUCCUUGAGCAAGUUCUUGCUAAAUGCGUCCCAGACGCCUCUGUGCGAGAGCUGUGUGAUUUCGGGGACAAGCUUAUCGCUGAGGAGACCAACAAGGUCUUCAAAAAGGAUAAGGACUCCAAGAAGGGAAUAGCGUUCCCGACAUGCGUGUCUGUCAACAACUGCAUCUGUCACUUUUCACCCAUCCCAAGUGAAACUGACUUAGUUCUCAAACAAGGUGAUCUAGCUAAGGUAGACCUCGGUGCACACAUAGAUGGUUUCAUUGCAGUGGUGGCACACACGGUGGUUGUUGGCGGUGGGGAGGCCACUGGGCGGGCAGCAGAUGUUGUGCUUGCUGCAUACCAAGCCAGCGAAGCCGCCUUGAGAUUACUUCGGCCGGGAAAUGAGAACUAUGCAAUAACAGAUGUGGUGCAGAAGAUUAGCUCUGAGUAUGGUUGCAAACCUGUCGAGGGUAUGCUGUCGCACCAAUUAAAACAAUUCCGCAUUGAUGGAGAAAAGAGUAUUAUUCAAAACCCAUCUGAGCCACAACGCAAGGAACACGAAAAGACAACUUUGGAGACUUAUGAAGUUUAUGCCAUGGAUGUCUUGGUGUCCACUGGUGAGGGUGUGGGUCGAGAAAUGGACACAAGGUGUACGAUAUACAAGAAGACCGAUGAAAUUUAUCAACUGAAGCUGAAGGCCUCAAGAAUGUUCUACAGUGAGGUCCGCAACAAGCACGGCUCGAUGCCGUUCAACCUACGCAGCUUCGACAAGGAGACCAGCGCCAGGAUGGGCGUCGUCGAGUGCGUCAACCACAAGCUCAUCGAGCCAUUCCAGGUGCUAUACGAGCGCGCGGGCGAGCUGGUGGCGCAGUUCAAGUUCACGGCGCUGCUGCUGCCCACCGGCACGCACCGCAUCACCGGCCUGCCGCUCGACAAGGCCGCCUUCAAGAGCGAACGCACCAUCAAGGACCCUGAACUCAAUUCCCUCCUGAACUCUUCAGCGAAGUCCAACAAGAAGAAGAAAAAGACAAAGUCAGGCACUGAGGAGCCCAUGGAGGUGGAGACGGCCGCCUAGGGCCCGCCCCCCGCACCCCCCGCGUCCCCCGCCCCCGCGCCGCCCCGAGGACGACACAGCUCCGUACAAGCAAACUUAUGUCACUCCCAAUGUUACAAAUAAUACCACCCUUUCCUGAUUAAAACAUUGCAAACUAGAAAAAACAUAAAAAAAUAAAAACAGGGCCAGAUGGGUCCAGAGUGUUUAGUACCUAUAUUUUUUUUGGAAAUAUACCUUUCAUGAAUAUAAUUUUCCCCUUGUGCCAGAACUUAAUAGUUUAGAGGUGUCGCGUUAUUAUUUUUUUAUUCAAAGACGCUUAAGUUUUCAUACAUAAAUAUUAAGUUUCUGUUUUUCUUAUCUACCACAUAAUAAUUACAUGCUUCUGACCUUAUUGCUAGAAUUAGAAUGUUUUCUGGUAUUGUGCAUAAUGUUUCAAACCUCAGUGUUCCGAUGAGCAUUCCUUCAUUAAUAAUAAUAAUGAUGAUGCAGGCACAGUUAUUUUUGUUUUUUAAUGUUGUGAUGUGCACAAGAUCUUGUCGAAUUCGUUGUUAACAUUAUCAGUGUAAUAGUUAGAAAAAUUUGGACAUGAAUGUUUUCGAAAUGUACUAGGAAAUGUUUGUAAAGUAUAAAUAUAACACAGGAUGGAAUAAAUCAAACUGUGCCACAGACUGUGGACUGUUUUGUAAA